UGUCGCCAGGUUGACGCCUCUUGCAACGUCAACACCAGCACUACGCAUGCGCAAAAGUGUGCAUAUAAAGGAAAGCAGCGGCCAACGAAUAGCGUGAUCACACACUUGUAGAAGUAAAGAUCUAAAGCACUUUCAAGUUACUGAGCAUUCGAAAACAUCAUGGGAUCUCAAUCCGUCAUUCGUGGUGUCGUCUGGUUACUUCUUGUCUGCCUGUUCACGGUACAGUCUAAACCUUCAAUGGAAGAGGACGAGGCGGGUUUGGCACGGCGGGACGAGGAACUCCCUGGAGAGUUGCAGCUGCGCCAGGACUACGGCGACGGUGGCGAUGGAGGAGAGGGACCUGCAGAAGAGCCACCUGCUGACGGAGCUGAACCCACAGAAGAGCCACCUGCUGACGGAGCUGAACCCCCAGCAGAGCCACCAGCGGACGAUGAACCAGCAGCUACUCACCACGAAGAAACCACUCAUGCUGCCCCCAAGAAUUCUCCCACUGCCCCCAAGAAUUCUCCCACCAAGCCGAGCUCUAGCAAAACCGAAGCUAAGCCUAAAAGUAUACUGGGCUCCUUAAAGGAAAGUAUUAGGGGUAUCUUUUGGUCUGUAUGUGACAUAGCAUUUAAAUUUCUUAGGAUUGGCGCUAAUGUGGUUGACGAGACUAUUGUAAAUUCCUUCGCUGAUUAAAUGCUAUGCAUGUCCCUUUGAAAACGACAUGUAUGUUCCAGUAUAUUUUGGUUGAAUAAAACAAAGUGGCCAAUAUGUCU